UGGCUUAAAAAGGGAAAAAAGAAAAGAAAAGAAAUUUCUUACAAAACCCUCACAGAACCCUCGACACUCAACGGCUGAGAAAACCACUAUUGUCUUGUCAACCCAGCUUGGGGUUCUUCGGCGCCCUCUAUCUCUCCUGCUGCUCUCAUUCUCUAAAUCCGUUUCGCGAAGAAGAGGAGGAAGAAAAAAGACAACCAUGGUGACCCAGUACGGCAUCAAGUUGGGCGUACACCUCAUGACCAACCAGUUCGGCAACAUCGUUGCGAAAGUUUGUGAGAGUCUUCUUCGAAGAGGACCCCUCACCCUUCAACUCAUAGUUCGGUUCACGGAGCUCACCCCACAACAGGUCAAGAGCUCCCUACUCAUCUUGAUCCAACACAACUGCGUUCAAGCUUUCUCUCUCGAGCAACAAGAUGGUUUAGAAGAUGGGCCAAAAGCUAAUACCCAGUACUUGGCGUUGUUUAAUAACAUACUUCAUCGCAUGAGGUUUUCCAAAUUCUUGAAGAUUGUUUCUAGUGAAUUUGAUGAAUGUAAAGAACUUCUUGAGGGUUUGCUUCAGCAUGGGAGGCUUACACUGAAGCAAAUGGUAGAAAGAGAGAGAGAGAAAUCAAGUAAAAAAGAUGGAAAUUGUGAAGAUAUUGUACAAGAAAACCUUCUUAAACUUUUGGCUGCCCGUUAUGUUGAACGCUGCCCAAUCCAUGAACCAGUUCUUGCUACACCAGUUAAAGAUGAAACUACUGCCAAGAGGCGAGGUGCUAAGUCUUCUAAGAGAAAUGAAGAAUCUGAGACAAUCGAACAACGUGUUCUAGGAGCAGCAGCUCCUAUGGAUGCUCAAAGAUUUUCAAUUAUAACAAAUACUGGAUCUAAUGUCAGCAGAGAAACAAGUGUUGGAGAAAAGCGCAAAUAUGACGCUUUGGAGUUAGAUAGAGAAUCGGCAGUUGAAGAGGAGGAAGUAGUUCUUUUGCGUGCCAAUUUUGAGGAAUUUAUGUGUCGUCUUAGGCAUAAGGCUUGCAUUGAGAAUGUGAGAACACGCCUGGAUGAUGGAGCUUCAAUUGUCUUAAGAGCAAUGCUGGAGGCAGUGAGAAGUUUAGAGAAAAGAGUGAAAACAGAGAAGUCUGUUCCCUUGUCACUGAAUACCAUUUUUGAAGAGGUAAUGAACAGUGAAGAAGGGCGUGGUAUGACCUUAGACCGUGUCAGAGCUUCCCUUGUCCAGUUGGGUUGUUCAUCCUCUGCAAGAGGGACAGAUGAGUCAUAUAGUAUUGAUUUGAAGAAAAUUGUCGAAUUAGCACAGAAUGAUGAGGUGGAGUCAAUUGUGUUGAAAAGAUAUGGAAGGAACGCUUAUAAAAUGUUCAGAUUACUGUCAAAAACUGGUUGCCUCGUUGAGACCGAGAAGAUUUCAGAUACCACAUUUGUUGAAAAGAAGGAAGCACCCAAGAUGCUUUUUAAGCUGUGGAGUGAUGGGUACUUGCAUAUGGAGAAAAUAACUGUUGCGGCAGCUAGACAAUCACAAUUCUUGUUGUGGAAAGUUAAUAAACCCUCUCUACAGGAACAUGUACUAGACGAGAUGUUCCAUGCUGCUUUAAACUUGAGUAAACGAGUGGCAUAUGAGCGUGAAAAGGAAAAAGAGCUUAUAAACCUCCCAGCAGACAAACAAGUUAUGUCACGAGAGGAAAGACAUAAGCGACGAAGAAACGUGGCGUUCGUCCUGGAAUCAUCGCUGCGUGAGCUUGACGAUGCUGUCAUGCUUUUCCAUGAUUUUGAAGAACCAUCACUGCUGAAAGCUUGAUUUAUGAAUGCAAGUCCUAUGGAUGUAUGACUGCUGACAUUUCUUCAAGUAAAGGUUGUAUAAGUUUUACAUUUAAACCGUUCAAUACUUGAAUUAGUGUAGCAAUAUAAAUAUAUAUUUCUUAUUUUACACUUGAAUAAAUAAUAUUCC